GUUUACGUCAAGAUGCAUCAACCGCCGUAUCCCGAGAAUACCUGGUCGCAGCCCAGUCCUCGUGAGUACGAGCCGGUUGCACAGAAUGAACAGAGGGAUCUUCCCUCGCCGCUCGAGACGCCUCUCGACAAUGACAACCUACACCAGCCACAUCCAGUACAGCACGCCUGGUCACCGACAGCUCCUCGAGAGUACAAUGCCGUACCUCAGAACGCAUGGCCCAUCGAAGAAGAUCGAAGUGACUCGCCGCCACCAUUGAAGUCGGAGGGUCCCAGCUCGGAGCUGCCCAAGUCCGACUAUCGACCUAUUGCCCUGAGAUGGCAGUUUAUCGGCCUCAUCAUCGUCGCCAUCGUGGCUAUCCUGGGUGCCAUGGGCUACGCGCUCCACGAACUCAAGAAUUCGGACUCGACGUACAAGCUCGAGUCGCGAUCGUUUGGCUUGCAGGGAAGCCUUGGGCUUAUUAAGCGGACGGUAUUGAGGUUUGAGACACGAGAUGUUGAGCUUCUCAAGAGGGAGCUUGGUAUUGUGGAGAGACAGGACACUGCGAGCGAGCCAGCUGUUGCGUCGGUUGAGACUGAGCCAACACAGGCUGCGAAUGAGCCCGCGGCGGGGCCAAGUCAGGAGCCGGCAGAUGCUGUGACUGAGGUUGAGGUCAAGCCAUCUCCUACUCAGCCGACAGUGGAGGCGCCUACCGAAGAGGCACCUACCGAGGACAAGACGGAGCCUUCACCUACACAGGACGAUAGCAAAUCUUCCCCGUCCCCGACGGAAGAUGACAGCAACGACUCUUCGCCUAGUCCUACAGAGGAGAAGAACGAGUCUUCUCCAUCCCCGACUGAGGAUGAUGAGAGUGAUUCAUCAGCAACACCGACAGACGAUGAUAUCAUUUCUUCGCCGACUCCCACCGACAACAAGGCCAAGAAUAAGCCAUCUAUCACGACCACAGACGACAGAGACAAGACCUCGCCGUCACCAACAGAAACUGACGACGACGAUGACAGCAAGACGUCGCCCACUGCCACUGAAACAGACGACGACGAGCCUACGCUGGUUACUGCCGUCGUCGAAGCGAAAUACACCUCAACAAUCGUCUCGUCCUCGGCAGUGACAGCCUUCUCCACCGACGCCGUCGUCACCAAAGUAGAGGAAGUAGCCUCGACAAUGGUGUACACGGUCGCAGGCUUCACCAGCACAUACGCGCUCCAACCGGAAGAAGACGAGCCGCAGGGAUUCGCCCCCAAGUACACCACUGAGAUCCAGCCUGCGAAGGAGACGACGCGGGUCACGUACAUGCCGAGCACCUAUGUCACGACGUUGGCUACCACGCAGACUAGCUUCGGUCCUCCCGUUACGUACGUCGAGACUGGUACUACGAGGCUCACGUCUGUGUUUUAUGUCGAUGAUGAUGGUAAGCCUAUUGAGAAGGCUGUUACCCAGGUCAAGACUAGUGAACGCCCUGCUACUGUCAUGACAAUUACCGAGACACCCCCAGUAGAGACGAUUCUACAGACGCAGGCGGAUGGACAGGUUGUUACUAUCCUGUCUACGCCGCUGCCGACUACGAGGGUUACGAGCGUUGGUCCUACCCGAGUUGUCGUCACUGAUGUUUCGACGCCUACUGGAGACUUCAAGAUCGUCAUGGAGGUUACGACGUAUUCGCUUACGAGUGCGGGAUACUUUAUCGGAGCGUUCCUCCCUCCCAUCAUCGCCGUGUUGCUUGCCAUGACGCUUCGUGCGAUUCACCAAGCUGCCACGCAGUUUCAGCCUUUUGCAGCUCUCUCACGACCUGAGGGUGCUCUCGGCAGGGACGCCCUAACGCUUCGCUUCGAUGGUAUCGACAGUAUCACCAUCCCCUUCAAGCUGCUCGCAAACAGUCAGCCUCUACCGUUCAUCACGGCACUCGCAGCUUGGGGAUCGAGCCUGUUUGCUCCGCUGGCUAGUGAAGCCAUCGGUCUCAAGAUCCAUGGUCGCUGUCGUAAAGGAGCCAUUGGCGGCUGUGCCGUGGAACUCGGUAUAUCGGAAACAUCAGCAUACGGCCUGCUCGCUCUACUGAUCGCAAUCGGAGCCCUUCUUGUUGCCACCAUUAUCGUCAUUAGUCGUCGCUGGAGCACAGGUGUAGCAGCGAACCCAUUGUGUUCGGCCAACGCAGCCGCUCUCAUGGCGAGGAACCCAGACCUUCGCGCUCUACCACUCCACGACUACCGAGCUCUCAAGGAUGCUGUGGUUGACAAGAGGUUCAAGAUGGGAACGUUCCGAAACUACGAAGGCAGAGACGAGUACGGUGUCGUCCUCCACCACGGCCAUAACCACGGCGCAGAAGCCUACGGCACCACGCCCUUUGACGAGGGCGGACCGCGUGCACAGUCUCAUCGGGCUCCUCAGACGUUUGCGGCCCUGACCUUUUGGUACCGGUUCCUGUUUGGACUGUUUCUGCUCUGCCUGCUCGGCUUUAUCUGUUACUACCACUUCACCGACACGUUUGGUCACCUGCCCAAGGGGCUCAAGAACGCCAUGGAGAGUUCUCAGUUUGGUGUCCGCUUCAUUUGCUCUGCCAUCGGUGUUGCCAUCAUCUGGCUAUGGGACAUGCUCUUUACCAGUGUUGCGGCAAUCACGCCUUUCCGAAGAAUGGCAGACAAGAGUCAAUCUCCCACACGGUCCGUCCUUAUGACGCCGCCGACAAACGCCUUCUCGGGUCUCUUCGUUGCGCUCCGAGUGGGCGAUCUUCUUCUCUUCCUCACGGCCGUUGCGUCCCUCAUGGCUCAGUUCCUCCCGAUUCUGUUCGCCAACGUGCCGUAUAACCUCACCCAGACGCGGCUAGCCCACCAAGUGUGCUCGCGACUCAGCGCUGGACUUUUGGUAUUUAUGGUAAUCGGUCUAUUUGGAAGUUUGUUUGUCAAAUGGCCUGAUCUUCCUGUUGACCCACGCAGUCUCGUCGGCGCCAUGUAUUACGUUGCCGAAGCACCGUGGGUCGCGGGAGUAGAGGGUGUCGCAGGUAUGAAUGCCAAGGACCGCAAGAACAAGAUUCAAGGUCUUGGGGGACGCUGGAGUUAUGGAUAUGUGCAGACGGGGCAUGGAAGACGGCUUGCUAUUGAGCAUGAGAUGGGGUAUAGGUGA